AUGAAGUUCAGUGCUCUAUUUUUAGGGUGUAUCGUAUGGCUGUUCUCGAUAGUAGAGGCGAUUUCCAAUAAGAAGCUACUAGAGUUGUCUAAAAAGAAUGGGAAUGUGAUCAAUUUAAAUUCGAGGAACUAUGAGAAGAUAUUGAACUCACCCAGGAAGUCUGAUAUUGUUGUGAUGUUUACCGCUUCGUCAACACAGUUUUCUUGUACUUUAUGCAAUGAAAUGAGCCCUAGUUUUGAUGUAGUGGCUAAUUCGUGGUUCUAUGAUCAUAAGGAUGGGAUUUCCAAGGAUUUGAAAGAGGAGGGACACGGCCUUUUCUUUGCUAGAGCCGAUUUCGGUCCUGAUUCGAAGCAACUGUUCAGCAGAUUCCAAUUGACGAGUGUGCCAGCGUUCUUUGUAUUCAAGGCUGGUGGGAAAACUGCGGACGAGUUUGAGAAGAUUACGAUUACGUCGGAAUUGGGAGGCAAUCAUCUAGGGUUCCUUGCAGGACAGAUCAAGUAUCUGACGGAAGUAGCUGAUUUGGUUGUUUAUGAGCCAAUAAAUUGGGGUUCCACGGUGAUCACUACUGUUACUGUGGGUGUGUUGACAUUCGUGAUCAGAAAAUUCACUUCUACUGUGGUAGGUAUCCUGACAUUAAGGCCACUGUGGGGUGUUCUGUGCUCCUUUGCUGUCAUCACUCUCAUUUCGGGUAAUAUGUUCGUCAAGAUUCGUAAGCCAGAGUUUUCUGGUAUGUCGUCAAACUCUGUUGUAUACUUCCUAGGUGGACAGCUACAGAACCAGUACGCCAUUGAAUCUCAAAUAGUCACUAUUUUAUACAGUGUUCUAGCGUCAGCAAUGGUGGGACUAAUAUGUGUGGUCCCGGGAAUUCAAAAAUGGUAUAAAAACAAAAACCAAGAAGGCAAAGCUGCGUUUGUCUUCUUUUCGCUCGCACUGGCUUUCUCUCUUUGUAUCUACAUUUUCUACAGCGCGUUGGUGGCUGUUUUCGCAUUAAAGAACUCAGGGUACCCAUUCAAAUUGUUCAAAAAUCCCCUCAAAUAG